GUAUAUUGAGGCUUAUACUUUUUAUUCCUUGGUCUAAGUUUCACGUCACAGCAUAUUUUUGCUUAAGUCAAAUAUCUGGGCACAUCUUCCACCACUGUAGGUACACGCCAAAGGUGAUGCAGCUGGACUUGCCCACUCCUUUGUCAACCUUACAUUCAAGCACCUGGCUAGAGGUAGACCUGCCCACACUACUGGUUGAGACUUCCAAGGUCUUUGAUAACCUACAUCUGACACAGCAACAGGUUCAUGCAUCAGGGUUCAUCAUCCACCCAGACCUCCCCUGGAUUGGAGCAUCACCUGACGGCAUGGUAACAUGCACUUGCCAUGGUGAUGGCGUGCUGGAGAUAAAAUGCCCAUUCAACAGCAGGGACUGCUCACUCGCUGAAAGCUGCAAACACCCAUCAUUCUGUUUAGGCCUCAGAGAGGAUGGGACAAUGUCACUUAAGACAGACCACAAGUUCAUGUAUCAAGUGCAAGUUCAAAUGCAUGUGGCCACUGUGAGUUACUGCGAUUUCAUGGUAUGGACACCGCAGGAGUUUUUCAUCCAGCGGAUCCAGUAUGAUCCUGUUUUCUUCCCUAACGCCUACCUCAAAGUGGCUGAGUUCAUCAAAACCGGAGUACUACCAGAGCUGCUGGGGAAAUGGUAUACAGCACCACGGCAUUCUCAUACAGACAGGGCAACCACAGAACAGCCACCUGAAAUGGGAUGCUACUGCGGUAAACCUUGUGACACAGAUGGCAUCGCCUGCACAUCUGGACAGUGUAGGCGGAAGCACUUUCACAGGUCUUGCCUUAAAUUGAGCAGGGUGCCGAAGACAUGGAAAUGUGUGGAGUGCAGAAAAAAAGUGUAGUAUUGCUUUAGUUUUUGAUUAAUCGGUUUCAUCUUUUAUUCGCUUAAAUAUCCUUUCAACAUAACAUUCAUUGUUAUGAAAUAGUAAAGAUGAAUAAGAGCUAUGUAUUUUACUGCCAGCUGUUUUGUUUUAUAGCAAAUAAAGUUACAAAAUACAAAAACAGUUCAUAUUUUGUGUUACACUUAAAUUUUCUAUUCUGAAGGCACUACAGAUGGGCAAAUGUUGCACAAAGCACAGCAGACUCUCACCAUCUUGUCAAGAGAUGUAAGCUCUCCUGGAGUUGUAGUCUGGCAAAGAGAGAUGGGUAUUGUACUUUGUAAGAUUGUGUACUUGUUCCUCACGAGACCAAUGACACGUUCUACAUGAAUCCGAACAGCUGCUAGUCCCCUCGUAGUCUCAAGUUCACUUGGGUGCAGUUGCUGUUUCCCUUUAGUGAAGGCAGGUAUUUUGAGAUGUGCACUGUACAAGCCCACGGCAUCUUUUAUGGUAAACCCUCGAUCUGCUAGGACCACAUCACCAGGUGACAGAUGUUCCAGGUAGCCGCAGUUUUGGGUUAUGUGCUUAUCACUUGUUCGCCCCCCCCAACCAGUAGACACAAAUGAUAUGACUCCCUGUGGAGUUAUUGAUAUCAAAAACUUCACAGUAUUAUGAUGUUUAUACUGUGAAUAUGUUUGUGCUCGGGCUCUCGUGUUCUUAGGCUUCUCAAUGAAAACUUCAAAGCAAUCUAUUAUGGAAGUACAAUUUCUGUAACUACUGUUUUUGAAACACAUGGGUAAACUAAUUUGAAUCUGUUCCUUAAUGGGCCACACUAUGAAUG